AUGACCACUCACACAAUCCGCAAAGUCGUCUACUCUGAAUUUGGCGGCCCCUCCAACGUUAGCGUUGUCACCGCCCAAAUUCCCCCUCCCGCCAAAAAUGAAGUCCAAGUCGACGUCAUCUACGCCGGAUUUUCUGGUGCAGACAUCCAAAUGCGACUGGGCACGUACCCCCAGCAAAGAGGCGCCCCCAUGACCCCCGGCUACUGCUUUGUUGGUCGUGUCAGCGCCAAUGGCCCUAAAUCCACUAAAUUCCAGCACGGCCAGCUUGUCGGCGCCCUGAGCAUGUACGAUGCUGAGGCCCAAAAGAUCAAUAUCGCCGAAAAAUACUUGAUUGCCAUUACUGAGAACGUGGAUAUGCGCCAGGUACUUGGGGUCUUUCUUGACUGGAAUACCGCCUAUGGUCUCGUUCAUCGCGCUACGAACUUGGUCGGCAAAGGCCAGCGCGUCUUUAUUCACUCCAUGAGUGGGGCUGUUGGUUAUGCCAUCAUGACACUCUGUUUACUCGAAGGCGCCGAAGUUUACGGCACGGCCGCUGAGCGCAAUCACGCUUCCCUUCGAGAGAUGGGCGUGACGCCAUUUACCUACAAGAAUAAGGACUGGAUGACUGAAAUGAAGCAGCGCGGUGGCGCACAUGUUGUCUAUGACCCUAUCGGCUUUGAGAACUACAACGAUUCGUGGGACAUCCUCAUCACCGACGAGCCCAGCCGAGUCGUUGGAUUCGGCGGUAACAUGAAUAUCUUGCAGGGCGACGAUGCCAAGCCACGAUCGCAAUUUACGUCAAUGGCCAAGCUCCUGGCCAAGAACGGCUGUCUCUUUACAAAGAGAAGCACGGCCUUCUACUACAUUGACCGCGACCGAUCCGCUUACAACGAGGAUCUUCAAGCAGUCAUGCUCAUGCUUAUGGACGGCAAGAUUGAGGUGCCGAUUAAGAAGGUCUGGGAUCUGGAGAACAUUCGCGAGCCUCACGAGACUUGGGGUAAAGUCCCUGGAAUGGGCUCGUGUGUGGUUCGUGUCGAUCCCAACGCUCCCUAA